AUGCAAGCAUUUGUUCCCAAGAACAGACGACCCAGGUUCGAGCUUGUGUUGAGGAUCAUUGAUAUCAACAAUGUCCCCUUGGGCAACAGUGUUGCAUUUGUACGAUGGCGAUUGCCAUCUUCGAGCGCUACUGAACACCAAGGCCGCACAGAGAAAUCGACUCUCUCAGACCACCGCGCUUACUGGGGCUAUGAAAAAUCUCUUCAAGUAAGGCUUACAAUCGAUAGGACAUCGGUUCUACAGGAGUGUGACAUCAACUUUGAAGUUAUACAAGAGUUCACCUCAUCGACCAUUUCCGAAAAGAGCGUUCUGGGCAAGAUCAAACUCAACCUUGCCGAAUACGUGGACAAGACCGAUGAAGAUGAUGGAAUUACUAGGCGAUAUCUGCUGCAUGAAAGCAAAGUGAAUAGUACCGUCAAGAUCGGAAUCGCAAUACGCCAGCUGGAAGGAGAUCGCAACUUUACCACACCGCAACUGAAGUCCGCCACCGUGUUCGGAGGAAUCGCCGGUGUUGUCCACUCCACCGAGCAGCCGAUUGACCCCGAUGAAGUCGGUCGGCUGGCUCACAUGGACACCAAGAGUGGGGAACUCACAGAUAUGCAAGACAUGUACCGGCGUACUUUAGCAGCAUCGUGGUCAUCUAGAGCAGGUGAUUUGCCUGCCGAUAGGCUGAUUGAAGAAUUGUUUUGCGGAAGCGCCUGCUGGAACAACGAUGCACACAGUGCCAAUGCCGAACUCCCAGCAGAAAGACACCGAGUUUCUCUGUUGACCCCGGAGGCUGUUCCACGGCAGAGCCGUUCUGGAAAAGUCCUUUCAUCCAGCUUCGAGCAUCGUCGAAAAAGUACGUCCAGCAAUCGAUCACGCAGCAGCUCCAAGACUGCGGACUCCCUCGCAGCACUUGGACAUCCAAAAAAGGGUGGAAGUAUAGAGCAACAGCUAUACGAAGGUGUGAAAAAUCGAGCAUGGAAGACAUCCGACACGAGCAACGAGCUUUCCGAGUUCGCAGUGAGAGAGGAUUUGCGCAGUUGGGAAGUUCAAUCAAAAGAAUAA